AUGAGCUCCCUCCAUCCCAGGAUCCCCGCCCAGAUCAGCAGCAGAGGACAGCCCAAGGCAGCCUUUUUUCUGCUCGCUCUUGUCUCUCUCCAGGUGGGCUCCAUCUCUACCACUUUUCCAAAAUGCAUGGCCAAUUCCCUCUGGAACACCAGAGCCAUUUCAACUUGGAAUGGCCAGUUCUUUUUCGUUCUCUUCUUGAUCUCAGCAGAGUAUUCUCUCCUCACUGUCAUGUCCUAUGACCGCUACAUUACCAUCUGCCAACCCCUGCACUACGAGACCCUCCUGGGCAGCAGAGCUUGUGUCCACAUGGCAGCAGCUGCCCGGGGCUCUGGGUUUCUCAAUGCUGUCCUGCACACGGCCAAUACAUUGUCACUACCCCUCUGCCAGGGCAAUGUCCUGGGCCAGUUCUUCUGUGAAAUCCCCCAGAUCCUCAAGCUCUCCUGCUCACACUCCUACCUCAGGGAACUUGGGCUUCUUGUGCUUAGUGCCUGCUUGGGUUUUUUUGUUUUUGUUUGUUUUUUAAUUGUUUUCUUCAGGCCUGUGCUGAGGAUCCCCUCUAAGCAGGGACCACACAAAACCUUUUCCACAUCCCCUCACCUAGCUGUGGUUUCUGUCAUUUUCCAUUGCAAAGCUGAGCUCUGA